AAAAAUGAGCUCUGAAGAAGCAAAGAGAAGCAUCAACGGAGCUCCGAUGGUGAAACCGACAACCGAUGAUCGAAAGCUUUCUCCGGCGUUCACUGCCGAGUCUGCUACCUCAACACCACCCAAGAAAGUCGUCAUCAAAAGCGCCGAUAUGAAAGACGAACUGCAAAAAGAAGCUGUCAAUAUAGCCAUCUCCGCAUUUGAGAAGAACAAUGUAGAGAAAGAUGUAGCAGAGUAUAUAAAGAAGGAAUUCGAUAAGAGACAUGGACCUACUUGGCAUUGCGUCGGUUGCACUUUCGGCUCAUACGUAACUCAUGAUACUCAUCUAUUCUUAUAUUUUUAUUUUGGUCAUUCAAUUAUUCUUUUU